GACCUCGAAGUCCUCACCGUGGCAGGUACAGGUGCUGACAGACCUGAAGACACCCUUGUCGGCAAGAUGCCUGUUCGCAUGGCGGUGGUCGCUGCUCUGCUGAUCCUCACUGAGGUCCCCUGGCUGGCGCUCGGGGACUCUGACAACCACCUACACGGCAUCGCCUUCAUCUCAGUCACCACCGAUGACAUCGAGUCAUCGCUGAAGUUUUACGUUGAGCUUCUAGGAGGGAUGCAUGCACAAGAAAUGAGCCAUCGCUUCCAUGGCGAUGAGCACUACCAACUUUUUUUCUUCAAAGAACUUCAAGAGGCCAGAGAACGAGGAGCAGAACCAGUCGGUGUUCCCAACAUUGGCGACGACGGAACGUUGGAGGUGCGAGUGGAGUUUGUGUCUUCGACAACGGCCUCGUUCAGCUGAUGCAGUUCACUAAGCGAGAAGGAACAGGUCAAGGGUCAGCCUUCUCCGUCGUGGAGCCCUACACCAGUCCGGCCUACAUCGCUGCACCCCACCUCUGCUUCUGGGUGCAGGACGACGUCGACUUCAACCACUACAUCGCUCAAGUGGAGGCAAGAGCGGUUGAACUGAAUCUUACCCAGGUCAAGUUCAACAGACCUGUAGAGGUCCAUAGCGAGGCCGAGCAGCGAGCAGUCCCGGAAGAGCGGCUGGGUAUCACCUUCCUGCAGGGCGACUUUUCUGGGCUGUCCUUCGCCUACUUCAAGGGCCCCAACGGUGAGCAGCUGGAGCUGAACCGCAUCACACAGCUGUUUCGACACAACGUGGGCCGCCACUACUGCCGCCGGCGAGCCGUGGCCACGGCCUUCAUGUCUGGCCGCGUGGACAACGAGUACAAGCGGGCGGCCGGCGUGCCAGGCAAACUCUAUGGCCUCUUCCAUUUCGGCACGACAACGGACGACCUGUGGCGGUCUGUGGACUUUUACACCACCGUCCUGGGUGCCGAGGAACUGCGGCAUCCGCUGCAAGGCGUGAACAUCCACGGUGAUAACGUUGAGUUCAUGCUGUUCCAGAAAGAACUGCUGGAUGCCGACGCCUGGCAGGUAGCUCCUCGCGAGUUAAGCGUGGCUAACAUUUCCGAUUCCGGAAACAUGCGCUUGGAUCUGCGCUUCAGCCUCUUCGACAACUACGUGGUGGAGACGUUGAUGUACACAGACGGACAGCGACUGGGUGACCCCGUCUUCAGCCCUCGCCACAACCACUCCAGCGUUGCUUACCCGUCAUGACAUGUUCGUGGCUUUCCACUUG